UUUAUUUAUAUAUUUGCCAACAGAUUAACACCUAUAAUACAGUUUGGUUAGAAGGACAGUUUGAAUUAGUCGAAAAAAAAUAGAAAUAUGAACUCCACUCUACCUAUCCAUGAAGCUCUGAAACCCCUUUCUUGGCUUGUUGGAUCAUGGAUUGGUAGUAACGGAGUCGGACAGUUCCCUACAAUAAAGCCCUUCAACUACUGUGAAGAGAUAAGUUUUCUCUCAUUUGGUCAACCGCUGCUUAACUUUACUUCACAAACCUGGCAUGCUGAGAAAAAGAAUCCAAUGCACUUUGAGGCAGGAUUUCUGAGAAUCAAACCAGAUUCAAACCAAGUUUCAUUUGUUGUCUCGCACAACUUUGGUGUAUCAGAAGUAGAAGAGGGCACAGUAGAUGAAAAUAGAUUAGUUCUAGAAACAAUAAGUAUUUCAAGAAUGUCAUUUGCUAAAGAUCCAGCAGUUACAAAGAUACGGAGGGAGUAUAUUCUAAAUGGAGACGUUCUCACAUCAACCCUCUCAAUGGCGACAACAAGCACACCAUUGACAAAGCAUCUCAGCAUAACAUACAAUAGAAAGUUGUAGUAUAGGUUGGCCUACUGUUGUCAUGGCGAGGAUAAUAGACAUGUAGACUCAGUUUGUUCUGUUCAGUUUAUCUGGGUUAUCAAAAGUAGUUGAAGUUGAUUAAGUAUCAUUUUAACUGGAAACUUUAAAGUAAAAUUAUUUACAAUUUAGGGAAUAUAAAUUCUGUUUCUGCAAAUUUAUAAACAAUAAAUUAUGACUUUGGGGCAGCAGUAAGAAUUUAGAUUUUGGCUGUCAAAUUCAUAUAUGACCCAGUUUUAAAAACAAAUUUAUUUAUAAUGUUCCCUGAAUAUAGUUGAUGAAGUUUUUAGAUUUGUAGUUUUAUUAUCUUUAGGAGGCUAUCAUAAUAGUGGAACAAUUCUAUUUAACUGUGAUGAUAUAGUUACCCAACCUCCCUCCCUCAGAUCCCAUAAUCUAAGUUAAAAACAUAGGUUCAAUAAUACUACAUCUCAGUAUGCAGUAUGGCACUCUUGGCUGAAGACUCUGCUGAAAAUUUAACAAGGAAGAAAUUUAGAACAAUCUUUUUAGUAAACGAAAAGUUAAAUCCAUCCAAUAGUCGAUAUUAGAUUUUGAUUUAGCAAAUCGAUAUCUACCCCUGGCGUAGCGCUAGGAAAAUGGGCUUACCAAACUAACUUUUUUUUUAAUGCAUUUAAAUAUUCAAGGUGUAAAAAACAAAAUUGAUGAUUUAAACUUAAUUCUAGAAAAAAUAAGUAAAAAUACCCAAAUAAUAUGUUUAAAUGAGCACUGGUUGACAGAGGAAAAUAUAUGCAUGUUAAACAAAGUUAAAGGUUACUAUAUGGUAGACUAUUAUAUUAGAAAAUCUGCCAAAAGAGGAGGAACAGCAAUUUUAUUAAAAGAAGGCUCAGGAAUAAAUUGUAAAGUACGAGAUGAUCUAAAAGUUUUAAAUGCAGAUUUCUAUUUUGAGUGCUCAGUAGUGGAAAUAUUAAAUUUUUCAGAGCCUGUUAUAAUUAUAUCCCUUUACAGGGUGCCAUAUAAGUUUACCCUAGGAACCUUUCUUAAAAAGCUUCAGUCUAUGUUUAGAAUGUUUAAAUCUAGGAAAAAGGUCAAUGUAUUCUUUGCAACAGACUGUAAUGUUAACGUUUUAGAUAGUGUAGAGUCUAAGGAAUUUUAUAAUGUAAUAAACUUCAAUGGGUUCAAAAUAAAUAUCAAAGAGGUGACUAGACCCAUUAGCAAUACUUGCAUCGAUAAUAUUAUAACAAAUAAAAAACUCACUUUGACAAAUAUUUUGGUAGAGGACAUAGGCCUUUCUGAUCAUAGUGCCAUUUGGGCUGAAAUACCCAAUUUUAAAUGUAAAGUAGAAAAUAAAAAGUAUACCCUAAAGAGAAGAUUUACACCAGAGGCUAUUCACGAAUUUAAAGAGUCAAUAAAGCAAACAGAUUGGAAGGUAGAAUCAAACAAGUCAGCAAAUGAAAAUUAUGAUAACUUUUUAAGAGAGUUCAUGUUAAAUAUGAAUGAGUCCUUUCCUGUAAAACCUUUGAGGCAAGAAAAUGGUAAAGUAAUAAAAUGGAUAACAGAAGGUAUAAAAAUUUCAAGUAAGAAAAAAAGACUUCUCCACAGUGAAAUAAAGAUUAAUAAAAGUGCCAAGUUGCAAAAUUACUACAAGAUAUAUAGACGAAUAUUUAGAAAAGUUGUAAGGGCAGCUAAACGUAAGGCAAAUGAUGACUUUAUUAAAAGAUCUAAAUGUAAGAGUAGAGCAUCAUGGAGGGUAAUAAAGAAUGAGUUGGGAAUGAUACAAAAGAAUAAUAAUGACAUAAAAGAAAUAUUGAUUGACGGAAAAACUAUCAACAACCCCAUAGUUAUUCCUAAUUACUUUAACAACCAUUACCUAAAAAUAAAACAACAACUGAAAGUUCAAAGUUUGCCACAUAGAGCAAUUGAGUGCUGUAGUAAGGUAGCCAUCCCAGAUAAUACAGAAUUUACAUUUAAAGAAGUAAAAGAGAUAGAUGUAUUAAAGAUUAUUAAGUCAAUAUCGAACAAGAGAUCAACAGGUUGGGAUGAAAUUCCAGUUAGAUUAAUUAAGGACUGUAAAGAGUACAUAGCUGCACCACUUACAAAAAUAAUAAAUCAAUCAUUAAAAACUGGUGAAUUUCCAACAAACCUUAAAACUUCAAUCGUAAGGCCAAUUUUUAAGAAAGGAAAUAGAAAUUUAAUUGAAAACUAUCGCCCUGUCUCACUAUUACCUGUGUUUUCUAAAAUAAUUGAAAAGGUGGUACACACGCAACUACAAGAAUAUUUAGAAUCAAAUAGAUUAAUUACAAACAGUCAGCAUGGUUUUAGGAAGUCACACUCAACAAACUCAGCACUAAUAUCACUAACAGAUGAUAUAUAUAAGGCCAUGGAUGGAUCACAGUCGACUCUUGCAGUUUGCUGUGAUCUAUCAAAGGCUUUUGACUGUGUAGACCAUGCAGUCCUUUUAAAAAAAUUAACUAAAUAUGGGAUCAGAGGGUCGAGUUGGAAGUGGUUUGAAUCAUACCUAACAGGAAGAAGGCAAAAAAUAUCAAUAAUAAUAGAAAACAAUAAAUAUGAAUCUGAGUAUGACACAGUUGUAACAGGAGUGCCACAAGGCUCAAUUUUAGGCCCAGUUUUAUUUACUACACCAACGACCUCCCAGAGAAUGUAAAUGCCAAAAUAAUCAUGUUUGCUGAUGACACUACAGCACUCAUAAAAGGAAAGCAUUUAUUAGAUAUAAAGGAGAACGCAGAGGCUACGAUACAAGAUCUAGAGCAUUGGUUUGUUAUUAAUGGCCUUCAUUUAAAUACUAGUAAGACGAGUUUAGUUCAUUUUUGAAACUUACAGAGUAGGGAAGGAGAGUUGAAGCUAAGAAUUAGCGGUAAUGAUGUGAAAUGCCAGAUUUCAGUAAAGUUAUUAGGUGUUGUGUGUGACCAGAACUUAAAUUGGCGGGAACAUACGACACAGCUAUGCAAGAAGUUAAAUAGUAUAUGUCACAACAUGAGCUGUCUAACUCAUUGCACAAGUAUUGAAACUAAAGGUCCACCCUGAAGACCUGGUUAAAAACAAAAAAAUUUUUUUCUAUAGAAUGUUAUUUAAAUAGGGACGUUAAGUUAGAUUAAUAAUUUAGUAAGACAUUUUUGUUAUUUCUUAUAUCCUGUAUAUGACUUUAUGUCCUGUCAAAAAAUGAUGUAAUGACAUGUAUUAAAUAAAUAAAUAAAUAAAAUGACACUCUACUACGGAUAUUUUUAUUCAUUAAUAAAAUAUGGGAUAGUGUUAUGGGGUAAUACUGAAUUUUCUAAAGAAGUACUAACAGCACAAAAGAAAAUCUUGAGAAUAAUGACUUUAACAGGGCCAGGUUCUACAUGCAAAAAUCUAUUUAGAAAUUUGAAAAUCCUUACAGUACCAAGUAUUUAUAUUUAUGAAACUUUAAACCAUGUAAAGAACAACCUAACAUGGUACUCAACUGAGAAAACCCAACACCAUUACAACACAAGAAAUAAAAAUUUACUGGUUUAUCCACACCACUCUACCACUGCUCUAGAAAAAGGUAUUUAUUACAUGGGAAUGAAACUUUUUAACAAAUUACCUAACAACAUGAAAGAAGCGUCUCAGAAAGAUUUUUCAGAGAGUGUUAAAAGAUUAUUGAUCAGAAAGGCCUACUACAAAGUUCAAGAUUUCUUAAAUGAUACUGAAAUAUAAUCUAGUGGUUCUAGUCAUUUAGUAUUAGUUUUGUUGUUUUAUAUUAUCUACUUUUAUAUGUUUAUCACAUUCAAACACUUACGGGAAUUAUUUGUUUGUGUCAAAAUCGUAUAUUAUUGUUCAUAUAUUUAUUCUCUGUUAAUUUUUUUGUUGCCAUUUUGUUACCCGUAGAUUUACAAAUUUUAUACCUUGUUAUGUUUGAAUAUGUUCAUGUUGUAUUGUAGCACUAAAUUUAAGACUGUGAUCAACAUCUUAGGAACCAAUUUAUGUUUUAGAAUAAUUAAGGACUGAGAAUCAAUUUUUAAGAGAUCAAGACGAAGCACCUGUACAUGUGAUUUUCACAAAUUUGUAUGUUAUGUGCAAAUAAAUUAUCAUUAUCAUUAAACUAAACCUGCCAGCUUUUCUACCCUCUGCCCACACACUAAUCACUAAUCUCUUUUACUACUGUGCAUCUUGUUCUUGAUGUUUUUUACUGUUUAACACCUCUCUGUCUUGUUGUUUAGAAGCAUUUGUCAAUAUCUUCCAAAGAAUUUUAUUGGUGUAGAAUAAUGGAAACCAUUAAUUAAAUCAUGCAUACACUAACAUCUUUAUUAACAGUACAAAUUAUAUAAAAAAAAAAAAAAA